CUGUCAGUGUGGAGGCUUCGUAAAACGCCACAAAGAGAGUGAAAAUUGAGCAUUUUCUCAGUGAUUUCGUGCCAGAGUCGCGAUAAAAUGACGACAAAGAGGCCACGGAGGCUCACGAGGACACUGUGAUGUAGUGUGAAUCGCGGAAAUCUGCCUGUGAACGCCGCGAGAGCUCUGUUGACUUUCUUGUUUUGGGUGACCUUCUGCCCCCGAUUUUUCACCUUUCCCGCGCCCCCACACGCUUAAGCGGUACUCCAGACUGUCCAGUGGGGCCCACCUGAAGUGUCCGUGCAGUGGAUGGGCAGGCCGGCCAUGUCUGUCCCUGCGUAGCGCCCACUUCUUCUGCCCUUUGUCAGUGUGACAGCGUUCCUCGAGGCGCCCCCGCGACUGUCCUGCAAGAUGGCCGACUUUGACGCGAUCUACGAGGAGGAGGAGAUCAUCGACGACAACCUGGAGGACCAGAUGCACGCCACACUGGUCCCGGAACCCAUUGUGAUCCGCGGUGCUGGGAAUAUGACAGUAUUCGGCCUGAGCAAUCGCUUCAACAGCGAAUUCCCGUCCGGGCUGGUGUCGCGCGUGGCGCCGGAGGAGUUUAAGGCCACGAUUGGGCGGAUCAACGCCGUGCUGAAGAAGACCCUGCCGAUGAACGUGAAGUGGCUGUUCUGCGGCUGCAUGUGCUGCUGCUGCACGCUGGGAUGCUCUCUCUGGCCUGUGAUAUGCCUCAGCAAGCGCACGCAGAACACGCUGGACAAGCUGCUGGAGUGGGAGAACAGCCAUCUGUACCAGAAGCUGGGCCUGCAUUGGCGCCUCACGAAGCAGCAGUGCGACUCCAACUCCAUGAUGGAGUACGUGCUGCUGAUAGAGUUCAUACCCAAGAUACCCAUCUAUCGGCCAGACUAGGCGCUUCUGAUGCCCACGAUACCAAUGCUGAGAGACGUGUACAUAUGUAGUUAAAGGACAGUGGAGGAUUAUUGCGCCCAAUUGACAAUAGAGAGAGAGAGAGAAGAGAGAUUUUAGGCGAAGGAGAGCGAAUUGACGAAUGGAUCACGAAUGCCUUGUAGUGACACGAUAAUUAGUGCAAGAAAAAAAAAUCUCUUUUUGGCAAAAUUACGAUGAAGAGAAGAAGUCUCGUUUUACCAUAUGUAAUCAAUUCAUUAUCACACAUUAACGCUAAUUGAUUGUUCUCAGAUGCUCCCUUGGAUAAGCGGAGUGUUUUCACGCAAAGCUGAAGAGCUGUCGAUUGAAUUAUCCCACAGAGAGUAGGCAAAAUUGCGGGCGAUGCACAUGAUUAAGUGAGGAAAUUGCGAAUAGUUGAGUUGAGGAAAAUUUUGUUCUCAAAACAAGGAACAGUAAAUUUGAAUUGAAGAGUUUUAUGGAAUAUUUUUGAUUAUAGUGUUAAUUGCAGAGGUUGGAAGAGGAGGAGGAGUGGAAUGAAAAGGGAGGGCAGAAAAGUGGAAAGAGAUACGAUGAGAAUUAUAUUGUGUUAGAUUGAAGAGAAGAGAUUUAAGUGAAGAGUGGAUUGUUAAAUAUCAUUUUUACAAACAUUAUAGUUUACUGAUUGAGGCUGACUAAUUGCUAAUCGAAACACUAUAUUUGUAGCACACAAUGGAGAAAAACUAUAUUGAGGAAGAAAGAAGCUUGAUUUAUACUAUUUUUCUAUAUAUUGAUUAUUUCUCUUAGUUAAUAUAUCGAUUCUAGAAUUUGUUCUCUUUUAUACGUGAUGAGAAGAAGAUGAAAAAAACCAUUUUUUUUUGUAGUUGACGUUGAACUGGACAAUUUCUGUUGACGAACACAAGUCAAAUGAUAUAUCACCGCCAGUGUAGAAUUACGUUGAAGAGAGGAAUCUGAAAAAUAUCACUUUUGAUUAAUGAUAAAUUUUACUCUGUAUUGAAUUUCAUUGAACGACCCUGUAAAUAGUGGCUGACUAAUAAGAAACUUGUUGAAUUGGAAGUUUUGCUUUAAUGAAUGGGGGAGAAAAGAGUGGAAUGUAUACAUUGUAAGAGGAGAAUUAAAUAUGAAAAAAUAUUGCCUUUACACAAGAGCGAAAAUCCCACAAAUACACCGAUUAUGACUUACAAAACAAAUCAAGGGAGGGAGAUAAGGGAGAAAGAGCGCGCAAGGAGGCAUAAAUGAAUGUGAAUCUUGAGAUGUGGGGAGAGUAAGAAUGAGAGAGAAAUAGUGUGUUUGAGUGGCAUUUUGCGAAAAGGGAAAGAGAGUGUGAAGUAAAUAUACUGUGGACGAGAUUACGCUGAGGAAAGGGAGAAACAGUGAGAAAUGGUGUAAAAAGUGCGCAUUUUAUAUUAAUUAUGCAAUUAUCACUUAAUAAAUGUAAUAAUGAGAUAAAAGA